GAGAAGCAGUGUAAAUAUUAAGAAAAAAACACCAUGUGCUCAGUUAUGCUCCCCAGUAGGCACAAUAAAAUAUCUGCUUACAAUUAAGAAUGAAGUUUUGUUUAUCUCCAUUUACCAUUAUAGCCGCACAAGUUACAUAUAGAAGUAUAAAAUUUUUAAGAAAAUAGGAUCUUAAAGAAGCUAUUCCACCUUUAGGACUUCGCAUAGAAUUUCGGGAAAAGCUUAGCGGAUGGAAAAAGCAAGAGUUUGGCAUUGACGAUGACAUAAUUUCCGCUGAUUCCAAUGUUAUAAAUUGGCUUAAUCGUCCAACGACUUCUAAUACUUCAAGUAGCAAAUCUCCUGUUUGCCGAACAUACAUAAACAAGGAUUUUUUACCCUGUUAUCAAACACCGCACGUGGAACAAAAAUUUUGAACUUCUACAAAGAAAACAACAGACUUGACAACAUCAACAUGGACGAAAUAAUAGCUAUUUUAAUCGAAGAAAUAUGUUACGGAAACAUUUCUCCUAAACCAAGUGAUUUUCAUUCGCUGGUAAACGAAAUUUGCUCCGUUUUUCCUAGUGAAGUAGAAACAAAGGAAUAUUACUAUAUUCCCCGGACUGGAAAAAAAAAUCCGAGUGGAAAACUAUUCUAUAAAUACGUGAACUGCCGCAAGGGCAAAAAAGGGUCCCAUAAUAUGCCUCACAAUGAAGAAAACAAUANGCAGCAAUGUACUGAAGAACUCGACAAUUCCAUUAUCAGCGCUUUAAAGUUGUCGCUCAGCAAGGAGAGCGCAGAUUGGAACGAAGUUUUGGAUAAGUGGGCUAAAACUUUUUCAGCCAGGCAAAAAGACUUGAAGAACUUGGCAAGUUUCGACUUGUUAAAAGCCUGGCCGAAAUUGGCCGAUGCACGGGCACCUGAGCUGGUAAACAAAUAA